AUAUAGGUUAGAUUUUUGGAACCCCAAGAGUUCAUCUUCAACCUCUAACCGGGUCGUUUUUGACCCGAUUUCAGACCCGUCAUGUUUCCGCCAUUACAGACAGCUCCAAAUACAGAUCUGAUAAUCAAGAUCUGCAACAAUGUUUUUUGACAAUUUUAUUGCAGAUUCCGAGAAGUAACCAGGCAGAGAUUUAACUAAAAUGCAUUGUCAGUUCAGGGAGGCUGUUAAUUUAUAUGGAGAACUGCAGAGAUGUGGACUUAGUCCGAGUACGUUUGCUGUAUCGUCUGCUUUAAAGGCUUGUGCAAGGAUUUUGUAUAGGUCUGGUGGGAUAUCGAUUCAUGCACAAGUUUAUAAGUAUGGUUUUUGUAAUGUUGUUUAUGUGCAGACAGCUCUAGUAGAUUUUUACUCGAAAGUAGGUAAUAUGGAUUUUGCCCGGAGUAUCUUUGAUGAUGAGAUGGUUGAGAAAAAUAUCAUAUCGUGGAAUUCAGUGUUAGGUGGAUAUGUCAAAUCUGGUGACUUAACAAUGGCACAAAGUGUUUUUGAUGAGAUGCCGGAGAAGGAUGUUAUUUCGUGGAACUCCAUGGUGUCUGGGUAUGCGAGGAUGGGGAAUAUAGAGCGGGCAAAUGCAUUGUUUAGACAGAUGCCGGAGAGAAGUUCUGCCUCUUGGAAUGCAAUGAUUAGCGGAUAUAUAGAGUGUGGGAAGAUAGAGUUAGCACACAGUUUCUUUGAGGCAAUGGACAAAAAGAAUAAUGUUUCAUAUAUCAUAUUGAUUUCGGGAUACUCAAAAAAUGGAGAUGUUGAAUCUGCUGAGGAACUCUUUGGAAAAUUACGCAAGAAAGAUCAAGUAGUAUAUAAUGCCAUGAUAGCUUGUUAUGCUCAAAACAGCCGGGCAAAAGAGGCUCUGCAGCUGUUCAAUGAAAUGCUUCGAUUAGAUUUGCAACCUGAUGAAAUGACUUUGGCAAGUGCUAUUUCUGCUUGUUCUCAGCUGGGAGAUCUAAAGUUUGGUUCUUGGAUUGAGUCGUUCAUUCAUGAAACUGGAAUUCAAAUGGAUGACUUCUUGGCCACUAGUUUGGUCGACCUUUAUGCAAAAUGUGGAAGUAUUGAUAAAGCUCACAAGCUGUUCCACGGCUUGAAAAAGAAAGAUUUGGUAGCAUAUACUGCCAUGAUACUGGGAUGUGGAAUAAAUGGUAGGGCUAAUGAUGCCAUCAAGUUGUUUGAUGAGAUGAUGAAUGCUGAAAUUAACCCAAACAUAGUCACAAUCACAGGGAUAUUGACUGCCUACAGUCACAUUGGAAUGGUAGAAGAAGCAUACCGUUGUUUUAUUUCCUUACAGAAGUAUGGUCUUUCUCCCUCAGUUGACCAUUACGCUAUAGUAGUUGACCUUUUGAGUAGGGCAGGGCGGUUAGAAGAAGCACAUGGGUUGAUUAAAAGCAUGUCAAUACAGCCUCAUGCUGGUGUGUGGGGUGCAUUGCUUCUUGGUUGCAGUUUGCAUAACAAUUUAGAGCUUGGAGAGAUUGCAGCGACACGUUGUAUAGAGUUGGAACCUGACAGUUCUGGAUAUCUUUCUCUUCUUGCAAAUAUUUAUGCUUCUUCGGGAAGGUGGGAUGAUGCUGAGAGGUUGAGAAAAGGUGUUGAAGAAAAGGGAUACAACAAAUUGCCUGGUUGCAGUUGGAUGGAAGAAGUAAAAGCUUAGGAGGUCUUCUUUGCAAUGACGUGAUUCCAACUGUAUCACUUUAGUGUAUAUGAACUCUGUUAACUUCAUCCAUGAUAGGGAAGUAAUGCGAUGACUGGUUACAAUGACUUCCCUUCCACCAUUUGCUUCACCGGGGAAUUACAUGAUGAAGAUGACCGUUUAUUGGAGGUAUGUUUCUGACUAUCUUCAAAGUUUGCAUUCUUAUUGAUCGUUAUUUACGAAGUCCUUUUCUAGCUUUAAGUAAAUCUUAUCAUGGUAAAUAUGCAUGAGGCCUUUACUUUUCUAGCUUUUCUUGCAUGCUGGUCUCUUCUUGUCCUUCUUCCCUUUUCUCUUUUUGGUGAAUUUCAUUUGUGACUUUGCUGCUGAAGUAAAAUUUCGGGGGUUUGCUCUUUGAUUUUCAUUGAGUUGUGCUAAUUUAGUGUUUGUUUUUCCUAUUCAAAAUAAAAAUUUACCUACAUCUCAGUUUUCUUGUAGUUUUUGGUUAGAUUUUUCUUUGUGCAAUAAUUUUUCUCAUUUUCUGUUCUUUUCCCACCAAACGUUCUCUUCUUUCUAGUGUCAGUUUUUUUAAGUGUGUCUGUGUGGUCAUAUAUAUAUUUGUGACUGCUCAAAAGAAGCCAGAAAUCAGUGAAUAAAUCAUCAUUCAUGCCAACAAUAUGAUUCUGCUGAAUAUAUAUGAUAAGAGUAUCGUUUGAAUGUAUAAAAUUUACAUGAUGUGUCAUCUGAGGGACGCGUUGAAUCAAUGUAAGUUAGAAUCUUCAUAUCAUAUAAUCUCGGGUUUGUGCGCUAAAAACUACAGGUAGUUCAGUCUGAUAGUUGUCAAGAGCACCGUCUUUGUUUGUUAAGACAUGAUUGUGAUUCUUGACAUUUUGAUCCCCACUUACAUUGUAGUUGAACCUCGGAGUUCCACAACAACAAUAUACCUAGUAUAUUCUCAUAAGUGGGAUCUGAAGAGGAUAACGUAUAUUCUCAUAAGUGGGGUCUGGAGAGGAUAGCGUGUACGCAGACCUUACCCUACCUUGGAAGGUAGAGAGGUUGUUUCCAAUAUACCCUCAGCUCCUUCUUUGUCCGCACCCUCUUUUAAUUUUACACCACUUAUUUGCUUUCAUUUGCUUUUGGGAUACAAAUCUUCUUGUGCAAGAGUUUGAUAUUUUUUUGUUGUUCCUCCUAAGAAAGUAUAUGUCAAAUGUAUAAAGUUUACUGUUUCCUUCAGUGGUUGCUUCUUAUUACAUGUAUACACAUUUGAUCACCUUUCAUCUACCUUGGAAUGCUACUCUCAUAGUAGUACUUAAUUUUUUUUCCUACCAGUGGAAAAUAGGUGAAAUGAUACACUGUAUUUUGUCUCAAUUGCAACAGCAAAAGAAUCAUCGAGGCACCUCCAAAAUUUAUAUAUCACACUAGUAUCUGAUGUCCACAAGACACAGUAGAGAAGAGUUGGAGUGUUUUAGUUGUGUCACUUGAGAUAUCACGUUCAUGUGUCUAGAUAUGCACUCUCAAUGUUGAAGGUAAACAAUAUAGUUGCAAUUGUUGUUGCCGCUAAAGCCCUUUUCUUGUUGUAGUGAGUUAUCCGUAAGGCUGUAAUAGAUUAGCAGGUAUCUCGUAAUAUUAGUUGAGGCGUGCGUAAGAUGAUUGAGACGUCAUAAUUAUCUACUUAAACACGAGGUGAUUUUCUACAUCUAUAAAGUUACCCUGUACUUGUGUUACAUCGGUGGAACGAAGCAAGUAUCUCAUAGAAUUAAUCAAAGGCAUUCUAGUUGAUCCAAAUAACAUUUAUUUUACUAUAUAGAGAAGUCUAGAAGCAGGUACCUCUUGAUCGACCUGACUAUUACUUGUCAAGGCAUUUAUGUAAGUUUUGUACUUCUUUCGUUUUAAUUUAUUUUAUCUUGUUUUUUA